AUGGAUUUAUUAGGGAAGUUCUACUGGGUGUCAAACAGGCCAUGUCGGAGCCGAGUGACUCAGCGGCAGAUCAACAAAGCGUCGCCCAGAGACUUCGACAUCACAUCGGUGGCUCUGCACUCCCCAGGAGGUCCUGACAAAAUCAUUCGCAGUCAGUCGUUUUCCGGCUUCAGUACCCUGCAGGAGAAAAAGUCGAGGUGCCAUUCUUUUCUUGGGAUCUCUACUACUCACAGGAAGACAGAAUCAAAACCCAAGAAACUUCUGGUCCCGGGUCACCGAAGCAGCAACACCUUGCAAGAAUAUCAGCCUAAAAGAGUGCAGGAGAUCUAUGAAGCUUUAAAAGACGGACUUAACGAAUACUUAGAAAACAAUCAGGUGGAACGAGACAAGCUGAGUCUGCAGCUGAAAGACAUGAAGAGGAAUUCCAGAUUGGGUGUCCUUUACGAUCUCCAUAAGCAAAUUAAAACGCUUGAACGCUGCAUCAGGAGACUCGAGUUCCACAUUAGUAAGGUGGAUGAACUCUACGAAGCUUUCUGCAUUCAGAAGCGACUUUACGAUGGAGCCUGCAAGAUGAAGCUCGCCUUUUCUGUCUCGCCUUGCACCAAACGCGCCCGGGAGAGCUUGGCGGAGAUCAGCAGGCUUCAAAAGGAAUACAGCGAGAACAUGUGCACCAUUGAAGGGGAGCUCCAGAACCUGUUGGGAGAAUUCCACAUUAAAAUGAAAGGUCUUGCUGGCUUUGCUCGUCUCUGCCCAGGAGAUCAGUACGAAAUAUUUAUGCACUAUGGCCGACAGCGUUGGAAAAUGAAAGGGAAGAUCGAAGUUAAUGCAAAGCAAACCUGGGACGGAGAAGACAUGGUGUUCCUACCAAUGAUUCGGGAUCGCAUCACGAUCAAGGUGGUUGAAUCAAAGGGCCUUACUGCCCACGUUUUGGUGGGAUGUGUCAUUUGUGAAACCAAAAACUUAUUUACUUCUCAGCCUCAGAUGGUCGCAGUGGACAUCAAUGACCUUGGCACCAUCAAACUCAACCUGGAAGUCAUAUGGUAUCCAUUUGACCUGGAGGAGUUCAGUCUGCCCACCGGGAAUGUCAAAAAAGUCUGUGCACUGCAACGACGGAUCUCCAUCUACAGCCAUGUCACCCCCGACUCGCCCACUUUUAGCGACACGUCCUUUUUUCCUUCUACUCCUGAUGACUCGUUAGAAAACGGAAUCACAGCCAACAGUCUGAAUGACUUUUCCAUGGUCUUCAAUGAGCCCACCAGAAGGCACUCUAUCCAGCUGUCCAUAGGCACAGCCUCAGACUUUGACCAGAGCAAUCCUGAGAUUACCAUUACACCUCCAGACAAUGACACAACAUCACGUUCCACAGAGGAAGAGGAAACCACGGUUAGUUUAAGCAUCCAAGAGGACAUGUUGGACAUUAAUGACACAAAAUCUGAGGAAUUUGGACACAAUGAGACUUCACUUUUCACUUUUGGUCACUGUCCCCUGUUGUCUGACCCCAUGAGCCACGACCUUCAUUCAGACUCCAGGGUUUCUGAUUGCCUCCUGCAAGACACGGAUGACACGUCUGAACUGAAGCCUGUGGAGCUGGACAUCGAUGAGGGGAAUAUUACCAAGCAGCUGGUGCAGAGGCUGGCCUCCAAUGAGACUCUAGUGGACCCCAGCAGGACGCACUACGACGGUCCGCCAAAGCAGCAGGCACAAAGCCACAGGUGUUUUCUCUUGGGGAAUUUAGAGGAGUCCAUUUAUGAAGUCUGUCGCUUGCUAGAAUCCCUACAAGAAAUGCACCCGGAGUUACAGGCCCUGAAAAAGGAGGUGAUGCGCUUGGAGGAUCUGUUGAAGAGUAAGGCGUCCUUGCGGAGCAGCAGGUCUUCCAGUCUGAGCCUCACCGUGGAGAGUGCCCUAGAAAGUUUCGACUUCCUUGACACCUCCGAUUUUGAAGAUGAUGAAAAUGGUGAAAAUCAGGAUGGGUUUCAAAGAAGUUCCAUGUCACCCUCGGUGUACCUUGAGAUGGAUACCGAAAAGGACUGUUCAGAGAGCAGCGAUACUACAAGCCACCUGAGUGACACACUGGCAGAUAACACGGAGCCUGGCCAAAGCGGAGGGGCUGCCUGCUUGCCUUUGACAGCGGGAGGUGACAGCCUGGACUUGGCCAUUGUGACGCAUUUACAAUACUGCAUCCAGCUCUUAGAGCAGCUGAUCUCCUCCGAGGGAGAUGUGCUUCUACAGAAAAUAUUCCUUGAGAAAAUCACAGAGCAAGCUUUGGUGUUGGGGACCAUCGGAGAAUUUAGCAUGGAAAGGACUGGAAUUGCUUCCUCGGUGGCAGAAGUAAUUCCAGCUCUUAAUGAAACACCAGCCCUGCUAUCAUUCUGGGAAGAGUGUGCCGGACCGAACAACGUCUACUACACCAGCGCAGCCACAGUGAGGAAGAACAUGAGCGACUGCAUUGCUCACCGCCAUAACUGCCCAGACAGUAUUGGAGCAGCCAUUGGGUCUGUCGUCAAGGAAAUGGUGGGGAGGAACGAGCUGGCCUCCUCUCUCUUCUCUCCUUCCAGUUCUCCUCAGGAAGUGAUAACUCUCUUCCAGUUUUAUACGUAUGUUAAAAAACAUAACGUUUGCAAUAUUGAAGAUCUACUGACUCAUAUUUUUGAUCAAGGUAUGUGAUCAUUUCUGGAAAGAAGAAUGGGAAUUUGGUCAGAAGGAUGUUCUUAAAAGGCAAGAAGAUGCAGAACAUCAGAUAUCUGCGGGGAUGCAUGGGAGUUUCAGAGUCCCCAAGUGAAUGGCCCUGUACUGUUUCAACAAGAAACAGUGAAAAAGAUUUAAAAUACAGGAAUGGAAGAUUUAACGUGGUCAGAACUUUACAAUUAGGGGUCGAUACCAAAAAGAGAAAGCAAUCUUUCGCCAAGCUAGAAAUGCAAGACAAGAAUUUAAAACCCGUUGAAUGAGAAGAAAUUCCGAAUAUCAGGAUCAGAAAGGCACAGAGAAUCACACGUGAAGUAUUUUUUUAUCCAAAACGGGGAUAAAGUCGCACAUGCCAGAACUUACAGGUCAUACACACUUGACGACAUGAGUCGUGCAGUCCUGUGGAACUCAACGAGAUUUGUGUUGGCAACAGCCGACACAACUACCACAAAAUAAUGGAGUCCAUGGGCAGUCCUAAAUAGUCUCGCAGGAACAUGUCAGAAAUUAUUAUGUUUUAUAGGAAAGCAGAUAGGGAGAAGCUAACAUCAAAAUAUCGGAUCUACUGAAUAUAAAAUUUUCAGCUUGGCAAUAUACACCACCAAAAAAUCCAAAGUUAAUAAAAUGUACCAAAAGUAACAGGCCCACGACCUGCACCGACUGUCAUACUGUCUCUCGUAGAGCACAUCAAGACCCCAAUGUUCACAAAGAUGAAGGAGAAGUUCAAAGGCAGACUGAAACUGAAGGAAUAUCUUUAGGGUUAUGGGUUGCAAUUGUCACUCUUAUUUCGUUUUUGUUUUGUUUACUUGACUAUCCACAUUUGUACACAAUUAGUUAUCAUCAGGUACUUUAGAACAGUGGAAGGCUGACAAUCCAGAGACUGUUUAGCACAUGUGUUGUCCAUUUGUUUAACUAAUUCUUGUACCAAACCAUCAUCCAGGUACAUGUCAUUUAAAAGCUGCAAACUACAUGCCUUGCUAGUUUAAUUUAGACCCUUUGUUUAAAGAAUUGCUUCCUGGCUUCUGUCCUAAAUUCACUUCUCUUAGUCUAGUCUUAGUCUGUGUGUCCUUGAGUAGCAGAGUCACUACUUCAGUGAAGGAAUGCUGCUGGGUCAACUUCAUUGUAUGGAGGAAUAUUUCAGGUAAAAUUAAAUCAACAAAUAAACAAAUCGGUGCAUAACAGAUAGUUAUAGACUGUGCCUUUAAGUUACAUCUUUUUAACAAAUAGAACUGAAAGGCACUAUAUGACAGACAAAACCAAAAAGCAAUACACAAUAAAUAUAAUAUUACAGUA